AUGAGUGUAGAACAGUUGGAAGCAAAUUCAGAUUGUAGACGAGUUGAAGACAUAUCCUUGCUGUCACAUUCAAAAUCCGUGGAUGACGUUUACAUUCCCCAAGUGGCCGAAAACUGCAAACCAAAGGUUGGACAAGAGUUUGAAUCGAUAGAUGGGGCACAUGAGUUCUACAUUAAAUAUGCAAAAGAGGCGGGGUUUAGUGUUCGUAGCAGUUCGACUAAGAGAUGUAAAGGUGUGAAAGAAGUUGUCAGGAAAGAAUUUGUGUGUUUUAAGGAAGGAGUAUCUUCUAUAAAGGACGGUGAGAGAAAAAGGUGUCGGGGGAUGACAAGAGAAAAUUGUAAAGCUAAACUUGCUGUGGUUAGGUCAAAAACAGGGAAAUUUGUCAUCACUGUAUUUGUUGAAGAACAUAGUCAUCCAUUAUCAACCCCUCGAAGAGUGCAUUUAUUGAGAUCACAUCGUAGUGUGUCUAAAGCCAAGAAGUCACUAACUUUGCAGUUUUCAGCAGCAAAUAUGCCAACUCAUCAACAAAUAAGCAUUCUUGAAUUUGAAGCUAGAGGUAUAGAGAAUAUUGGGUGUACAAAGAAGGAUAUAUAUAACCAUGAAGCUAAGGUGCGGAAUGAAUUAAGAGGACAAGAUGCAGAACUUUUAAGGGAAUAUUUCCUAACCGAGCAAGAAAAGGAUCCAUGUUUCUUUUUUAAAAUAGAUGUAGAUGAUGAUGGUAAAUUGAAGCAUUGUUUUUGGGCUGAUUCGGUGUCUAGAAGAGCUUAUGGAUGUUUUGGUGAUGUAGUUGUAUUUGAUACAACUUACAACACUAAUCAAUAUGAAUGCCCUGAAGAGUUUGAAAGAAAAUGGGUGACUACCAUCGAGAAGGCAAGCCUAGAUAACAGUGAUUGGUUAAAAUCAAUAUUUGAGCUACGUUCAAGAUGGGUGCUUGCAUAUGUUAACCAUAUAUUCUCAGCUGGAAUGUCAAGUAGCCAACGUGCGGAAAGCUCCCAUGCAUUUUUCAAGAAAUAUGUUUCGAAGAGAAACUUAUUAAUGGAUUUCACACUUCGAUUUAAUAGGGCGCUUGCAUAG